UACAAGUAGUUGAAAAUCAACGGAACGUAUUUUUACGAUAACAGACAACCAGAAGCAUCCUUAUAACGGACAAAUUUAGGAAACUUAUUCCUCGUAUGUUGUUCUCACUCGUGCUCACUGACAUUGUGUAUACGACUGAAUCGGCGGUUGGUUGAUUUAGUUUAAAACGGCAUCAUAAGUACAGCAGCGGCUCUGUUUCAUGCCUGCGGUCGAGAGAUCUGUUUUUUGUUGUUUUUUUUUACCGGUGAAAGCAGUGGAUUAGCUGCUGUAGUCUGACGGCAUGAAUCGUGGGUAUGGUAGUAAUAGACGGGGUCGAGGAGCAGGAGGAGGCCGGCGGGUUGGAAAUGGAGGGUCCAGGUGGGAUGGAGAGGCUGGAUCUAGUGGAGGAAGAGGAGGAUACCAGAGGCAUUCCGAGUGGGACUCAAAUGAGGAACAAGGACAUGGAGGGGGACGAAGAGGAGGAGACGGUGGUCCAAGAGGCAAACACCCACCCCAUCUGAAGGGUCGAGAAAUAGGAUUGUGGUAUGCCAAAUGGGGAGGCAUUAAACGAUCCGACGCAGAGAGAAAAUCAAGGGCUGUUGUUCAGAUGGAUGAAACGCAAGAGCAGCGCAUUACUCAGUUGCUACACACUGUCCAGAGAGAUCCAAGCAGAGACGCAUGUCCCUCUACAUCUCAGACCUGGAGGGUGAAGGAGGAGCCCAGUGGCCACAGCUACUUUGAUGGUGAAGAUCCUCCACAACCUGAGAAUGUUAUGAAAGUCUCAAAAAUUGAGCCUAAAGAUGAAAAGCAGGAAGUUGAGUUGCAGGCAAAUGUGAAAAAUGAGCCUUAUGACUCAGACCUGGAGUACUUAUCCCAGUGUGUGGUGCGGAAACCCUCCCUGGACGAGGAGCUUAAGAAUGAUCAGCAGAUGAAAAUAGAGAAGCCUAGAUACCUUGAAAUGUUGAAAUUCAGAGAAAAGCUGCCAUCAUAUGGGAUGAAAGAGGAGCUGGUUAGGCUGAUCAGUGCUAAUCAGGUACUGGUAAUCAGUGGAGAGACUGGCUGUGGGAAGACCACACAAGUCACUCAAUUCAUCCUUGAUGACUAUAUUCAGAGAGGCAUGGGCUCUCUCUGCAGGGUGGUCUGCACCCAGCCACGCCGCAUUAGUGCCAUAUCUGUUGCAGAGAGAGUAGCUGCAGAGCGGGCAGAAUCUGUGGGGGAGGGGAAGUCCUGUGGGUAUCAGAUCCGUCUACAGAGCCGGUUACCACGGAAACAAGGCUCAGUUUUGUAUUGUACAACGGGCAUUAUUCUUCAGUGGCUCCGCUCUGAUCCGAAUCUCUCCACCAUUAGUCAUUUGGUCUUGGAUGAGAUUCAUGAGAGGAGUCUUCAAUCCGAUGUUCUUCUCACCAUCGUAAAGGACAUGUUAACUGCUCGAGAUGAUCUUAAAGUAGUCCUCAUGAGUGCCACACUCAACGCUGAGAAAUUCAGCAGAUAUUUCAAUAAGUGUCCCAUGGUCCAUAUUCCUGGAUACACAUACCCAGUGCAAGAGUAUUUACUUGAAGAUGUGGUGGAAAUGCUAAGGUUCCGGCCGCAGCAACAGGACUGCAGACCUCGCUAUAAUAGAGGCUUUUUUCAUGGCAAGAACGUACGGCCGGAGAAAGAGCAUAAAGAGGCUGAAUACAAUGAGAGCUGGCCCUGCUAUGCCCGCACACUCAGAGACCGGUACUCAGACAGCACCAUUGACGUGCUGGAGAUGAUGAAUGAUGAUGACAAGAUCAACCUGGAUCUUAUCAUAGCAUUGAUCCGCCACAUUGUGAUGAACGAUGAUGAUGGAGCAAUUCUAGUGUUUCUGCCUGGCUGGGACAACAUCAGCAGCCUGAAUGAGCUGCUCAUGGCUGACCAGAUGUUUAAAUCAGAUCGCUUUAUCAUAAUCCCACUCCACUCUUUGAUGCCCACAGUCUCUCAGACUCAGGUGUUCAAAAAGCCACCCCCUGGAGUGCGCAAGAUUGUGAUUGCUACCAACAUCGCAGAAACCAGUAUCACGAUAGAUGACGUUGUGUAUGUGAUUGAUGGAGGGAAGAUUAAAGAAACUCAUUUUGACACCCAGAACAACAUCAGCACCAUGGCUGCAGAGUGGGUGAGCUUAGCCAAUGCCAAACAGAGGAAAGGCCGCGCUGGCAGGGUAUCUCCAGGGAAAUGCUAUCACCUGUAUAAUGGAUUGAGAGCCAGCCUCUUGGAUAACUACCAGUUACCUGAGAUCCAGCGCACCCCACUGGAAGAGCUGUGCUUGCAAAUAAAGAUCCUGAAGUUAGGGUCCAUUGCGUCAUUUUUCCGGAAAAAUCUGGAUCCUCCCUCAGAGAAAGCAAUAGAGUUGGCCAUCACACAUCUGAUGGAUCUGAAUGCCCUGGACAGAAAUGAAGAGUUGACUCCAUUAGGAUUUCAUCUGGCCCGUUUGCCUGUAGAACCUCACAUAGGAAAAAUGAUUCUGUUUGGGGCUCUACUGGGCUGUUUGGACCCUGUGCUUACCAUUGCAGCCAGCCUAAGCUUUAAAGACCCCUUCUACAUACCACUGGGGAAGGAGAAGAUAGCAGACCACAGGAGAAAAAUCCUCUCCAAAAACUCCAAGAGUGAUCAUCUCACUAUUGUGAAUGCAUUUUGGGGCUGGGAGGAUGCGAAGAGACAGGGCAGCAGGUAUGAGCGGGAAUACUGCUGGGAAAACUUCCUGUCUGCCAGCACACUACAGAUGCUUCAGAAUAUGAAAAGUCAGUUUGCAGAGCAUCUUUUGGCAGCAGGGUUUGUCAAUAGCAAGGACCCGAAAGAUCCCAGCUCUAACAUAAACUCAGAGAAUGAGAAGCUGAUCAAGGCAGUGAUUGUCGCAGGUUUGUACCCUAAAGUGGCCAAGAUCCAUCCCAACCGAAGUAAGAAGAGACCAACACAUGUGAAAGUGUACACCAAGGCUGAUGGUAAGGUUUGUAUCCACCCUAAAUCUGUCAAUGCUGAGGAAAUGGAGUUCCACUACACAUGGCUAAUCUAUCACCUAAAGAUGAGGACCACCAGUAUCUUCCUUUAUGACUGCACUGAGGUGUCCCCAUUUUCAUUGCUGUUCUUCGGAGGAGACAUUUCCAUACAGAAGGACCAAGACCAAGAGACCAUUGCCGUGGACAAGUGGAUCGUCUUUCAGUCCCCAGCACGCAUUGCUCACCUUGUCAAGGACCUGAGGAAGGAGCUGGAUGUAUUAUUAGAAGAGAAGAUAAAGAGCCCUCGACCCGUGGACUGGAAAGACUGUCAAUCUAAAGAUUGUAAUGUCAUCUCUGCCAUCAUUGACCUCAUCACCACACAGGAAGCCCCUGCUGGAGGUCCCAGGAGAGACAGCCAGUGAGCACCAACCUUCAGCAGCUU